AUGCUAACGGUGUGUGCAAUAGCNGUACUCGAGAAGCUCGGCAUCGAAGUCAAGGUCAACUCUCCUUUUGUCGGCGAGAACCUCCAGGACCAGACCACUGUCGACACGGAUUACAAGGCAACGGCCAACUUCACUGGCGCUGGUGGCUUCAUCGGAUACUUCAAUGCCACUGACGUUUGGNNGGGAAACAACACUGCUGCAUUCAGCAAGACCGUCAAGGCAUCUCUCGAGCAAUACGCAAAUAAGACUGUGCGGGCCACUGGUGGUAUCACUGACCGCGAGACUCUCCUGAAGUUGUUCAAGAUCCAGCACGAGCUCAUCUUCGAAGAUGAGGUCGUUAUCUCGGAGGUCGUUGUCAACGCACCUUCGUCCGGCAGCGGCCUCAUCGAGUACUGGGGUCUUAUGCCUUUCUCUCGCGGUGGAGUGCACAUCAGAAGCGCCAACGCCUCUGCUCCUGCCGCCAUCAACCCCAACUACUUCAUGCUGGACUAUGACAUCAAGCAGCAGAUCGGCACCGCAAGAACUGCAAGAAAUGUUGCCAUGACUGCUCCUUUGAGUGAUAUUCUCACUUCCGAGACCACACCCGGCUUCGAUGUAGUCCCUCUGAACGCUACUGAUGCUGUUUGGGGUGACUGGCUGAAGUCGGUGUACCGCUCCAACUACCACUACAUUUCCACUGCUGCCAUGAUGUGCAAGGAGCUGGGUGGUGUAGUCGAUGACAACCAUCUCGUUUACGGCACGGCCAAUGUCCGUGUGGUUGACGCUUCAGUAAUUCCUUUUCAAGUGUCGGGUCAUCUGGCUUCAACUCUGUACGCUCUUGCUGAGAGAGCUGCUGAUGUCAUCAAGGCCAAUCACCUAUAA